AAUCUACAACCACAGAGAGACAGAACCAACUUUCAUGGAUUUUUAUCCUCAUUCACUCGCUUUCCUCCUCACCGUCUAUCCAGCUUGAGAAUCAACUCUCGUUUUUCAGGCUUGCAAGUUUUAUUCUUUGCGAUAAUAAAUACCUACUCCUAAUUGUGAUACAUGCAAUUUUAUACAUCCUUUUCCAUCAUCACUGCUUAUUGUUGCUCCACUCCCUACAUAACUCCCAAAAUUUGUGCGGCGCAGGUCGAGUGUGAUACUCUUCAUCCAUAAAACGAAGGAACGAUCCAGACUCCAACUUCUCUCGGUCUUUCGAAAUUACUCUGUACUCGAAUCGAUAACCUAGUCUCUCUUUGGAUCUCCACUACACUUUGAUCCCGCACCCCAAACCAAGCCAGCAUUACCUUCAAUCUUAAGUCUACUAGCCAGGAGACGAGCAGGAGACGGAGUAGAAAAACCUUGGAACUUGUGGAUGCCAUCCAUUAAAAAAAAAAUAACAAGCUUCCCCAUUGUUGUUGUCUGCCUUCUCUUUUGAACUUCGAUAUCCAAAUUCACACUAGAACAGUCUGCUCAGUCUUUCCUUCAAGUGCUUGGUUCGCAGAAUUUCCUUCCUUCAAUAUCGCGUCGACUUUCGCUCUUUUACCGCUCGCUAUCUUCGAUCUUUGUACAUACAAUAAUAUCUGCUAUUUGCAUCAUGUUCUCAAAGUCCAUUGCCAGAGCUGGCUUGAUUGCUAGUUUGGCUGUUACGACCGUUAAUGCUAUUUCCACAAUCUCUGCAACUGGUUCAAAGUUCUUCACAAGUGAUGGCGACCAAUUCUUUAUCAAAGGUAGGAUCGAAUGUAUUUUUUACUUCAAUUCUUGACUGACAAUAUCUAGGUGUCGCAUAUCAAUUGACUGAAGCCGAUCCAUUAAUCGAUACCAACCAAUGUCAACUCGAUGCCUCUUUGAUGAAGACCUUGGGCGCAAACGCUAUUCGUGUUUACCAUGUUGAUCCUUCCAGUGAUCACUCUGGAUGCAUGUCCGCCUUUGCAGAUGCUGGCAUUUACCUCUUCUUAGAUUUGGAUACUUUCACCACCGCAAUCACCCCAGUAAGAUAUAUCUUAUAAUUUUGGGAUAAAAUAAUGGCUAAUCACUCCUAUAGACUAACGCGACUUGGGACCAAAGUCAAUACUCAGCAUUCAGCAAAGUGAUGGAUGCUUUCGCCAAAUUCGAUAAUACUUUAGGAUUCUUUGUAGGAAAUGAAGUUAUUGCUACGAACAACCAAUCUUUAGCGGCACCAUUUAUCAAAGCUGCUGCUAGAGAUAUGAAGGCAUACAGAAAGUCAAAAGGUUAUCGAGAGAUUCCAAUUGGUUACUCGGCGGCAGAUAUUGCAGAAUUACGUCCUAUGCUUCAAAAUUACCUUGCUUGCGGUACCAACAGUUCGGAAACCAUCGAUUUCUUCGGUUUGAAUGCGUACGAAUGGUGCGGUGGCAGUGAUUAUUCAACUUCUGGCUACAAGACCCUCAACACAUAUGCGGAAGGUUAUAACAUUCCUAUUUUCUUCUCAGAGACUGGAUGCAAUACGGUUAAGCCAAGAACAUUCCAAGAUCAAGCAGCUAUUCUUGGUUCAGAUAUGGAUGAUCAAUGGUCUGGCGCAAUUAUUUACGAAUGGAUCGAGGAAGCCAAUGAUUAUGGAUUGAUUAGCUAUGGGCCAACUGUAGCAGCUACUGUUGUCGCUUCAAAUGUUGCAGGUGGUUUCUCUCGUGGUGGAACUCCAACCCCUGUCGCUCCGGAUUUUGCCAACCUUCAAAGUCAAUGGUCAACUUUGACUCCAACUGGUGUUGCAAGCUCUGCUUAUUCUCCAACUCUUACACCACCUGCUUGCCCAGCUUCGACCUCUGGAGGUUGGUUGGUUGACGGCAAUGUCCCAUUACCAUCUAUUGGUCAGAAAGAAGCAACUGGCACUACCACUGCCACAACAACUUCUGGAUCACCAUCCACUACCGCGAGCGCAACGGGCUCAGCUGCAUCCGCAACUUCAACAAAGGGAAGCGCAUCUGGUGGUAAAGAAAUCACUGGUAUGAGCGUUGGAUUAGCCGCAGUCAUGUUCGGUUUUAUGUACUGGCUGUAAAAUUUGGGUACAUGGUUAAAAAAUUCUUCUUUUCCUCAGCCUUGAUGGCUUGAUGUAUAAACGAUUAUGAUACGUGGGUAAAAACCAUUUCACGUUAAUUCGGUACAUGGGCGCAUUACGAUGAAUGAAAGCGCGGCGUUGGAUUUGUACUUGGGUCCUUUUGGACGCAUUAGGGUUACCUUUUUUUUCCGAGAUGGGAUAUACAGGCCAUUGUAUCCUAUGCAUAUAGAAUGCAUGAAUAAAGGGAUCAAUAUUUGUUAUUUUAGAUUACCUAAGUUUAAUAGAUACUUAAUACCGAAAUCAAAUU